GCGGCCGCCGGAGCCCAAGCUGACGCCGCCUUGGCACCUCUCCUGGAGUUACAAACUAAGGCCGGGCCGGCGCUAGGCGCUCAGGCAGCCCAGCUCCCUGCGUCCAUUUCCGCGUGCUUCCAGAGAAGACAGAGGCUCAGAGUUGGGCUUUAUUCCGCCCCCCCCUUUCCCCACUGGUUCUUUCUCUUAUUUAAAAAAAUAAUAAUUACUUCAAUAAUUAAAGCCCAUCCCCCCUUCCCUCCCCCAACCCCUCCCCCCAACCCCCUCCCCCGCCCUCCAGGGCUGGGGAGCGCUACGAAUUGACCAAGUGAAGCUACAACUUUGCGGCAUAAAUUGCGGGGUCCUGAACCAUGUCGCUGACCAACACAAAGACGGGGUUUUCGGUCAAGGACAUCUUGGACCUGCCGGAUACCAACGAUGAGGAGGGCUCGGUGGCCGAGGGGCCGGAGGAGGAGAGCGAGGGGUCUGAGCCGGCCAAGAGGGCCGGGCCCCUGGGGCAGGGCGCCCUGGACGCGGUGCAGAGCCUGCCCCUGAAGAGCCCUUUCUACGACAGCAGCGACAACCCGUAUACACGCUGGCUGGCCAGCACGGAGGGCCUCCAAUACUCCCUGCACGGGCUGGCGGCGGGCGCUCCCCCCCAAGACUCAAGCUCCAAGUCCCCCGAGCCCUCGGCUGACGAGUCACCGGACAAUGACAAGGAGACCCCAGGCGGCGGGGGGGACGCAGGCAAGAAGCGGAAGCGGCGGGUGCUCUUCUCCAAGGCACAAACCUACGAGUUGGAGCGACGCUUCCGGCAGCAGCGGUACCUGUCGGCGCCAGAGCGCGAGCACCUGGCCAGUCUCAUCCGCCUCACGCCUACGCAGGUAAAGAUCUGGUUCCAGAACCACCGCUACAAGAUGAAGCGCGCCCGGGCGGAGAAAGGUAUGGAGGUGACACCCCUGCCCUCACCGCGUCGGGUGGCCGUGCCUGUCUUGGUCAGAGAUGGCAAACCGUGCCACGCGCUCAAAGCCCAGGACCUGGCAGCUGCCACCUUCCAGGCAGGCAUCCCCUUUUCGGCUUACAGUGCUCAGUCACUGCAACACAUGCAGUACAACGCCCAGUACAGCUCGGCCAGCACCCCCCAGUACCCGACAGCACACCCCCUGGUCCAGGCCCAGCAGUGGACUUGGUGAGCACCGCCCCUCCGAGACUCGCGGCCCCAGGCCCAGGCCCCACCCCGGCGACUGCGGCGGCGGCGGCGGCAGCGAGGAGGACUCGGUCCAUACGGUGGUUAUUAUUAUUAUUAUAAUUAUUAUUAUAGAGUCGAGUUGACUCUGGGCUYCGUUGGGGAGGCGCCGGGAGGUUGCCUACGCCUCCUUGAAGUGGCAGAUUCCAUCCACCCGACUCUGUCCCCAUCUCUCUCUCCUUUGAACCUUGGAGAGGGUUGAACUAUAAGCCGUGUUUACAGAAUGUUUGCGCAGCUUCGCUCCUUUGCCUCUCCCUGGGGGGUACCAGACCAUCCCAGCGUAAAAGUCGUCACUUGAAAAUGAGAAAAAGAGCGAACCCCCACCCCGCUUUCGUGAAUUUUGUAAAAUAUGUUUGUGUGAGUAGCGAUAUUGUCAGCCGUCUUCUAAAGCAAGUGGAGAACACUUUAAAAAAUAUAGAGAAUUUUUCUUUUUUUAUAAGAAAAUGCUACAUAUUUAUGGCCAUGUAAACGUCCUGACAACUGGUGGCAGAUUUCGCUUUUCGUUGUAAAUAUCGGUGGUGAUUGUUGCCAAAAUGACCUUCAGGAUGGGCCUGUGAACCCUGCAGGCCCAACUCCUUUCUUGGUGGUUUGUUUUGGUUUGGUUAUGUUUGGGUUACCCCUGUUUUCUUUUUUGCUUUUAAAAAACAUUUUGUUCAGUGCAAACAUUUUUCAAAUAUGAAAAAGAAAAAAAAUGUGUAGGCGACAAGCCGCCUGCCCCAUUUUCCGGGUCCUGAGCCCCGGAACUUGGAGCUCAGCGGUUCCGGGCGGUUCCCCAAGAGCGCCGGGCGCUGAAAACUUUCGAUUUUUUAAGUAAUUUUAAUAAAAAUCCUGUGUU